AUGUACCCUCGGGCUCGGGGUAAGGGCGGCACGCAAGGAGCCGGACACGGAGACGGCGACGCGGUACCCGGUGCCGCUCGGACUAUGGCAGCACCGUUAGCCUGUGACGCUGCCUCAUCCUCCACCACAACGGUCGGUCAUAGGGAGCCUGUGCACUCGUUGUCGAGCAGCACUGCCAGCCACCACCCCUCCGCGGGUAGCGGAAACCGAAAGAGUGUGCAUGCAUCUCAGCAGCAGCAGUCGCCACCCCCCAUGCCACACAUCCAGUCCGGUAUUUAUGGUGAGGCGAUGCAGGAUGCGGGUGCCUCGUCGCCCACAGCGCCGCCGCCACCACACUUCUACGCUGGCAACGUGCAUCACCACGGCGGCAGCUUGGGUGGCAGUGCGCACCGCUCUACGACGUCGUCUUCAUACGAUCAACAAAAGCAGCCGCUGCCGCGACCGUCGCCACUUCACAUGAACGGCCAUCAGGGAGACUGGCUAGCGGGCGCUAGCAGUAGUCCGACGAUGAGUGCCGUUGUACAACGUGGCUUUCCUGCCGGCAUGACCACCGCCAGCGCGACGGGGCAGGUGUCCUUCUCGCCGCACAGCCGCACAAACAGCAGCGCUGUGGUAACACCAAGCAUCGGCAUCGCUGCGACCAGCAGCAGCAUGCCCGCUCCCACGAUGAGUGGGGCGGCCCCUGGCAGCGCAGAUUACCGACCACCGGCGGUCUAUGGCGAGGUGAACCUCGGCAGCAGUAUUGGUGCCGGUGCGUCGGUCACACACAGCAGCAGUCUCACAUCUCUUAAUCGCACCAACGCCUCCUUGAGCGGCAGUCUCGUCAACACAGUCAAUGCAACACGCAGGUCGCCGCGCAUGGCUGCCUCGAUGGCAGGAGCCUCAGUUGGAAUCAAUACGCCCGUCGGCGCAGCCGCUCCGCCGCCGCCUUCCAACAUGGGCGCCGGCGCGCCCAUCGUUCAGGUGGGCAUGACGGGAUCCAGCUGCCCGGCUGCGGCGCCUGUGCGUGCCGAUGUUCCCGGGGUGACGAGCCUGAAGAUCACGGUGGGCGGGUGCACGUCAGUGAUCGCCGCCUCGGCACCUCUGUCGCCGCUGAUGAACUCCCCAUUACUCGCUCGGCAGCAGCCGCACUCCCAGGCACGGCAGCCGCGCUCCGCCGAGCGAUCUAAACGCCCGCUCCACGCGACCUCGGAUGCCCGUAAGGGCGGGGUGGACAAUAUUGACGUUGAGUCCGAUGAGGAUCGGAGCAGGUCGCCUGGCAUGGGACCGACGAAGCCAACCGUCGAGCAGGCGGAAGCGCGGUAUCGGUAUCUCCACGAUGAGUUCCGCAAAGUAAGCCGCCUGCGCGCGAAGCUCGUCGAGGAGAACGAAUGCAUGAAGCGCGAACAGACAGCGCUACGAGAGGCGCUCGACUUGUACCGCCGCAAGAUCGUCUCAGCCGCUGCGGAGCGGAAAACGCUCUUGGCUGACUACCUAGAGGACGUGCACAAUGCGUUGCGCCUCGCUCAGGAGCUGGCGGCGGACGUUGCCGCUGUGCACAGCAGCGGUGAUGGUGCGUCACGUCCGGCUUUAGCGAGCAACGGCGGCGUGCACAGCAUCCCCGUGGCGUCUGCGCAGCAGACGCUCGACGCAGCCAUUUCUCGCGUUUUGGCCAGCAACGCCUCCAUCGCGGCGGCAGCUCCCCCCACCGUCCCUCCCUCAGGAAUUCCGGUGCCGUUGGCCCCGCCACAGGGGGCGGCGGGGUUCUCUGGAUCGCCGCUGCUGUCCAUCGGGGAGCAGCUGGGCUUGCGGUAUGGGAGGUGGAUGGUGAUGCGAGCUGCGGCGCCCUGCUUCCCCAUGAUGGGCGAAGAGGCCAGCUACCCGGACCUUAGUGAAGGACAUCGUCGCAGCACGGGACCGUGGUGUCAGCAGGGUGUCCUGUUGCGCGACGAGAUACGCGAUGUGUACUGCAACACCCACGCAGCGAUAAGCGCGUACAUGACCAGCCUUGACUACGGCUUCGCACCCAUGUUCAGCCAGGGCAGCUACCCGCCUGCGGGCUGCCAGGGGCAGUGCCAUCUGCAGCAGCAGCUCAGUAGCGAGUAUCACGGUCUCCGCUUUCACGUGGACAUCCCGCGCUUCCAUGCCCACACGGUCUCCAGUGUGUCGGACGCGGCAAACGCCGGCGGAGAUUGCACUGGAGGACAGAACACGCCGGUGCACAGUGCAUCCUCGCAACCGCCACUACUACAAGAGCCGCCGUCGCCUUACCUCGCACCACAGAACCCCCGCAUGACACCCGCUCUCACGUAG